AUGCACCGCGGAAAGACACGUUCCAAGACAGGAUGUCGAACCUGCCGCAUCCGCAAGGUGAAAUGCGACGAAGAAAAGAACAGCGUGCAAGGCCAAGAUGAGCCGCAAUGCAGGCGCUGUACAUCAGCGCGCCUCCGCUGCGAGUGGAAGGGUGGGCCCAUUCCGCGCAACUCGACUUCGGCAUCGUCUCCUUCCCCCUCGGGGAACGAGAAACAGCAUCAUCCCGAUGGUGCUGACCUGAGUACGCUCGUGCGCAAGCGACAACUCGCUCAGCAGGCUGCGAGUUCCAGUAAGGCGGCAUUGCUUCCUUCCCAGAGACUGAGCGGUGCGAAUCAUGACCAGAGCAUUCAGGCAGCGAAUUCUCUCACUCUGUCUGCCUUUGACCGAGACUGCCUGAGCUAUCUACAGAACUCGACACUUGUCAUACUUUUGGGGAAGCGCUGGCCAUGGUCCAUCGUAUCUUAUGCGUACAACAAAAUUGCCGUCAAAGAGCCCAUGGUCAUGAGCAUGAUUUUGGCCAGUACUGCGCGGGAAAUUCAUCGCUCACAACUCUACGACGAAGAGACUUUCUCAAGCAGUCCUUCGAAAAAUGAUUCCUGUGAACUUGAUGGGCGAAUGCACUAUGGUCGGGCAUUAUCCAGUCUUCGCCAUGCACUGAAGCAAGACGUCAAGUCCCCGCAGAAGAUGGAGGCUGUGUUUAUCACACUGUGGCUCAUGAUGGACUACGAGAAUCGAUUUGGUAGUGGGGCUGCGGCUAUCAAUAUCCACAUCCGAGGCAUUGAAACCCUGGUACAUAAUCAUAUCGUCCCUUUGCUUCAAGGUAGCACCGCGUCCCAUAUAUCAUCUGCCUCUGCGAUCACGUCCGAUGAAGCGGGUACCGGUCCUCAGCCACAAACCACUCCGCAACUCUCGAUUCCCGGCGCAGCACUCACCAGAGUUUCGAAAGAUCGUGGAUCGCAAGAUUCACUCGAGGAACUCCGCUGCACGUCAGUACCUCUCUUUCUUCUGUGGACACUAUACUUCUUCACCCCAGUCGCACUAUUCCUCGAGCCCGAUACGACUCAAUUUGAGACGAACAUCUACCAAUUCUUCAUAAAUGCUGAAAACGGCAACACCGAGCACUUGAGUUUGCCCGAACUCUACCGAAUUUGCAGACGGUCGCCCGCUCGCUUUUGGGGCGAGAACUACCCGAUGUCCGCCCAAUUGGAUGAUAUAGAGAAUCUCUCCAGUCUAACACUGUACCACCACAGCCAUAUCGUCCAGUUCAAGAUCACCGAGCUAUUCAAACAAGGUGUUGCAGAUGGUGUCUCGGGCGCGAUAUCACCCUACCAGGAGCUAAUCGACGAAAUCAACACAAUCUCCCUCGAAUACGACACCGUCCUAAAAACCGCGAAAAUGUUCCCCUCAUGCGAAACACCCGGCGACCGCCGCGUCCUAGAAACGGUCAAUUGGUCCGCAAUAACAUUCUACAGCACCUUUGUAUUCUUUCACCUCUGCUUCCAAAGCAUCCUCAACAGACAUCCCAGCACACAAGUCGACGACAAUCUCAUGUCUCUCCCCGAUGCCGUGUCCCAGGUUCUCGAGCUGAGCCUGAAACUCCAUCGCAGCCGACCGCAUCUGAUGGUCAGAAUUACCUGGCCCUUGUUCCUAGCUGGGAUUGCGACUUCGGAUCAGAUUUAUCAGGAUUGGGUGGCUAUUCGGUUGAGGGAAUUGGGACGGUUUGGGGAAAAUUUUACGCGUAUUAGCGAGCGGUUUGAUGAGCUCAUUCGGGGGAGUAGUACGGAACCCUUUGCGUAUUGGGAUAUUCAAUUGGAGGUUACCGGGGCCUGA